GGCGCAGAGGAACUAUGGAGGCCGCGCCCGGGACCCCCCCGCCGCCGCCAUCAGAAUCGCCGCCGCCGCCAUCGCCGCCAUCAACGCCUUCGCCUCCUCCGUGUUCCCCCGACGCCUGCCCGGCCACCCCGCACCUCCUCCACCGCCUCCCGCUCCCUGACGACAGGGAAGAUGGUGAGUUGGAAGAAGGUGAACUGGAAGAUGACGGAGCAGAGGAGACCCAGGACACCUCGGGGGGGCCCGAGAGGAGCCGGAAAGAAAAGGGGGAAAAGCACCAUAGCGAUUCAGAUGAGGAGAAGUCUCACAGGAGGCUGAAGCGGAAGAGGAAGAAAGAGCGAGAGAAAGAGAAGAGGAGAUCGAAGAAGAGGAGGAAAUCUAAGCACAAACGCCAUGCGUCCUCCAGCGAUGACUUCUCUGACUUCUCCGACGACUCGGAUUUCAGCCCCAGCGAGAAGGGGCACCGCAAGUACAGAGAGUACAGCCCCCCGUACGCGCCGUCCCACCAGCAGUACCCCCCGUCGCACACCACGUCCAUGCCCAAGAAGUCCUACUCUAAGAUGGACAGCAAAGGCUACAGCAUGUACGAAGACUACGAGAACGAGCAGUACGGGGAGUAUGAAGGCGACGAGGAGGAGGACCUGGGCAAGGAGGACUAUGACGACUUCACCAAAGAGCUGAACCAGUACCGGCGUGCCAAGGAGGGCAGCAGCCGGGGCCGAGGCAGCCGAGGCCGCGGCAGGGGCUACCGGGGCCGAGGAAGCCGCGGAGGGUCUCGAGGCCGAGGCAUGGGCCGGGGCGGCCGAGGCAGGGGCAGGGGCUCCAUGGGAGACCACCCGGAGGACGAAGAUGACUUUUAUGAGGACGACAUGGAUUAUGGAGAAUGUGAGGAGCCAAUGGGAGACGAGGAUUAUGAUGACUAUUCCAAGGAGUUGAACCAGUACCGUCGGUCCAAGGAUGGCCGAGGACGAGGGUUAAAUCGCGGCCGGGGCCGGGGUUCCCGAGGUCGAGGCAAAGGGAUGGGCCGGGGCCGAGGUCGAGGUGGCAGCCGAGGAGGAAUGAACAAGGGCGGAAUGAACGAUGACGAAGACUUCUACGAUGAUGACAUGGGCGAUGGCGGUGGAAGCUACCGGAGGAGCGACCAUGACAAGCCCCACCAGCAGUCCGACAAGAAAGGCAAAGUCAUCUGCAAAUACUUCGUGGAGGGGCGGUGCACAUGGGGAGACCACUGUAAUUUUAGCCAUGACAUCGAGCUACCAAAGAAGCGAGAACUGUGCAAGUUUUACAUCACCGGAUUUUGUGCCAGGGCCGAGAACUGCCCCUACAUGCACGGUGAUUUUCCAUGUAAGUUAUACCACACGACUGGGAACUGCAUCAAUGGGGACGACUGCAUGUUCUCCCACGACCCUCUGACCGAGGAGACGAGAGAGCUCUUGGAUAAGAUGCUGGCUGAUGACGCGGAGGCAGGUGCCGAGGAUGAGAAGGAAGUUGAGGAACUGAAGAAGCAGGGCAUCAACCCCCUACCCAAGCCACCCCCCGGUGUGGGCCUCCUGCCCACCCCACCCCGGCCCCCUGGCCCCCCUGCGCCCACCUCUCCAAAUGGCAGGCCCAUGCAGGGUGGCCCCCCGCCCCCGCCCCCACCCCCUCCUCCGCCCCCCGGGCCCCCGCAGAUGCCCAUGCCAGUGCACGAGCCGCUGUCCCCGCAGCAGCUGCAGCAGCAGCAGGACAUGUACAACAAGAAGAUCCCUUCCUUGUUUGAAAUCGUGGUUCGGCCCACGGGACAGCUGGCCGAGAAGCUGGGUGUGAGGUUCCCUGGACCCGGAGGACCCCCAGGGCCAAUGGGCCCUGGGCCCAAUAUGGGACCCCCGGGGCCAAUGGGGGGCCCGAUGCAUCCCGACAUGCAUCCCGACAUGCACCCGGACAUGCACCCCGACAUGCACCCGGAUAUGCACCCCGACAUGCCGAUGGGCCCUGGCAUGAACCCUGGCCCGCCCAUGGGACCUGGCGGCCCCCCAAUGAUGCCCUAUGGCCCUGGAGACUCCCCGCAUUCUGGAAUGAUGCCCCCUAUCCCACCAGCCCAGAACUUCUAUGAAAACUACUACCAGCAGCAGGAAGGCAUGGAGAUGGAGCCGGGACUCAUGGGGGACACAGAGGACUACGGGCACUACGAAGAGCUGCCGGGGGAGCCUGGGGAGCACCUCUUCCCCGAGCACCCUCUGGAGCCCGACAGCUUCCCUGAGGGAGGGCCCCCAGGCCGGCCGAAGCCGGGCGCCGGUGUCCCCGACUUCCUGCCCUCAGCCCAGAGGGCCCUGUACCUGAGGAUCCAGCAGAAGCAGCAGGAGGAGGAGGAGAGAGCGAGGAGGCUGGCUGAGAGCAGCAAGCAGGACCGGGAGAAUGAGGAAGGUGACACUGGAAACUGGUACUCAAGUGACGAGGACGAGGGUGGGAGCAGCGUCACCUCCAUCCUUAAGACCCUGAGACAGCAGACAUCCAACCGACCCCAGGCUCCUGUCGGGGAGCUGAGCGGCAGUGGGCUGGGGGAUCCUCGCCUCCAGAAGGGACACCCCACGGGAGGCCGGCUAGCUGACCCCCGCCUCAGUCGGGACCCCAGACUCACCCGCCACGCUGAGGCCUCUGGCGGCCCUGGCCCAGGCGACACAGGGCCCUCCGACCCUCGGCUGGCUCGCUCCCUGCCUGCCGCCAAGCCCGAAGGCGGCCUUCAUUCCAACCCUGCAGGCCCCAGCAGCUCCAAGGGGUCCGGACCUCCCCUCGCAGAAGAGGAGGAAGGGGAGCGGGCCCUGCGGGAGAAGGCCGUGAACAUUCCGCUGGACCCCCUCCCAGGACACCCGCUGCGGGACCCGCGGUCGCAGCUGCAGCAGUUCAGCCACAUCAAGAAGGACGUGACCCUGAGCAAGCCGAGCUUCGCCCGCACCGUGCUCUGGAACCCCGAGGACCUGAUUCCCCUGCCCAUCCCCAAGCAGGACGCCGUACCCCCUGUCCCCGCGGCCCUGCAGUCCAUGCCUGCCCUGGACCCCAGGCUGCAUCGGGCUGCCGCUGCGGGCCCCCCCAACCCCCGCCCGCGCCCAGGCGCCUCCGCGGACCCUGGCUCUUCCGGCUCCACCCUGCCUGACUUUGAGCUCCUCUCCCGCAUCCUCAAGACUGUCAAUGCCGCAGGCCCCUCUGCUGCCCCCGGCCCCAGCGACAAGCCCAGUGACCCCCGGGUACGGAAGGCCCCCACCGACCCUCGGUUGCAGAAAACGGCAGACUCUGCUGCCUCCGCCCGCGCUGCCAAGCCUGGCUCUGCCGAAGUUCCUUCUCCAGCUGCCAGCCCCAGUGGGGAGUCCUCUCCCCCAGCCACUGCCCCCUAUGAUCCCCGGGUGCUGGCGGCUGGCGGGCUGGGCCAGGGCAGCGGGAGUGGGCAGAGCAGCGUGCUGAGCGGCAUCAGCCUCUACGACCCCAGGACUCCCAACGCGGGUGGUAAAGCCGCCGAGCCCGCCGCCGAUGCGGGUGCCCAGCCAAAGGGCCCCGAGGGCAACGGCAAGAGCUCGGCUGCCAAGGCCAAGGAGCCCCCGUUUGUCCGCAAGUCUGCCCUGGAGCAGCCUGAGUCAGGGAAGUCCGGAGCGGACGCGGGCUCCACCGCAGCCACGGACAGAUACAACAGUUACAACCGGCCGCGGCCCAAGGCCGCCUCGGCCCCGGCUGCCGCUGCAGGCGCCCCGCCACCAGAGGGCGCCACGCCCCAGCCUGGCGUGCACAACCUGCCGGUGCCCACCCUCUUCGGGACUGUGAAACAGGCGCCUAAAACAGGCUCCGGGAGCCCAUUUGCUGGCAACAGCCCGGCCCGUGAAGGCGAGCAGGACGCAGGGUCCCUGAAAGAUGUUUUUAAAGGUUUUGACCCCACUGCCUCCCCCUUUUGCCAGUAGUGUUAGGCUGGAGUCGAGUGCUCCCUGCACCCCACCCUUCCCAGGGCGGUAUGUAAGUGCAGCGACCAGAGUUGGGAACUCGGGGGGCGGUCUGGGUGUUCCUUACUUUUUUCCUGCUUUUCUUUUUUUCUUUCCCAUCUCUCUCCUUCCCUCCCUCUCCCUCCCUCCCUCCCUCCCUCUCUCUCUCUCUCUCUGUCUCUGUC